CUAAGGCCAGUAACUCGUAUUGGUCUCAGCCAAUUACCAAAACAUUGCAUGUGAAAAUAGAGCAUUCAUAUUUCAUAGUGUGGAACACAGUAUCAACUUAAGGAUGGCAUCCGUUGAAGCAGGCAUCACAUCUGUGUUUUCAGAUUUCCAAAAAUAUUUAACUGCUGACCAAGAGUUAAGAGAGCAAAUCCGAGUGUGUGUUAGAGACAUAGAACAGAAAUCUAGAGAAAUUCAUACACAAUUACAGCAAGUUCAUCAGAUACAAAAUAUCAAAAACACACCUGCAUUAUGUGCCAGAAUGAAGCCAGAAUUUACGACAAUUGCAGAAGACAUGAAAAAGUUGGCAGCCAUCAUUCCUCCUAAUCAAUACUACAGAUUUCAUGAUCAUUGGAAGACAGUUAUGCAAAAGUUAAGUUUUCUGACGGCAUUCAUUAAAUACCUAGAGAAAGAAGAGCUGAAUACUAGAGAGGAAGCUGCUAAAAUGGUUGGAGUGUAUACUAACAGAGAGGAAGGGUUCCACAUGGACCUAGAUGACUAUCUGCAUGGACUAUUACAGUUAGCCAGCGAAUUGUCUCGACUAGCUGUAAAUUCAGUAACCGCAGGAGAUUAUGGGCGGCCAUUACGAAUAGCAAAAUUCAUAGCAGAGUUAGAUGCUGGAUUCAGAUUACUGAACCUGAAGAAUGACUCUCUACGGAAAAGGUUUGAUGUCCUAAAAUAUGACCUCAAGAAAGUGGAGGAGGUAGUUUAUGAUUUGACAAUCAGAGGACUUAAACCUGCAGAACAAAUGGAACAAGAGUCCAAAUAAAUCAUUCAUAUCAAAUUUC